AUGGUUUUUAUGUGUCGCGUUGCAUCAAUAUUAAAUCAAUUUAAUUUAACCUUUCUUGGCCUCUACUGCCUUGCAUUUUUCUUUAAUAGUUUUGAUUACGGAUUUUACUCCUCCAAUUCAUAA